GUCACAGCCAGAGUCAGCCAACAGAAGUAGAAGUACUUUGUGUUGUUCAGCAGCCGUUUUUCGUUCGACGCGUAGUUGCAUGGUUGAAAAUCGCGAAAAUUCGUCGGAAAAGUGCAUUUCAGAAGGUUAAUUUUGGUGAAAAGUUGCACGACGCGUUCGCGGGAUUCGUUUUGUGGUGUUUUGCGAAGAAAUUACGCGUGUGAAACAGCAGCCAGUCUGAACCAUAGUUUGUACUCACAGAGUAGUGUUCUCGCAGUGUGUCUGAAACCUCGCCGAGGAUGAUGACGCCGACGACGGCGUCCAACGAAAAGCAGCGACAAAAAAUGGUUACACAAUACUGGUAUCGGAAUGGAAUUUGAGUGUUGUGUUGUUCUCUGCGAUAGUGCGAUCCGUUCCAGCAGGCCAGCAGCGCAGUCAUGAAGCGAUUCAAGUGACAAAAAUUGUGUUUGUGUCUAUCAGUUUUGGGGAAAAUUAAACAAUCGAAACAACCACAACAGCGACCAUUCUGCUGCGACCGGGAGAGUGAGUCACUGAGAGUAUUGAUUUUGACAGGCAGAAUAAAGAAGCAGAAACUACUGUGGAGUGCUACCGAAAAAUUCGUUCGUCGUCGGGCCCAAGAAGAGGAAGCAUUUGUCAAGGAAAACUGUGGAAGAAGAACAUCGCCCUCCGGAGAGUCGCUGGCUGUCUAGCAGCAUCAGCGAACUCGCGUCGCCGUCUGGCGCAAGAGAACCAACCGCCACCGCCGUCACAUCUCUUGCCCUGACCUCUGAGGUAAUUCAGUUGCUCCAAUUUCGGCGAGUCGGUCCACCAAAGAGCGACCAAAAAGUGCUACGUCACGCUUUUCCGUCAAAAUUUCCAAGCCUUUGUGAGUGAAGUCUAGUGAAAUUCGUGGUCCCUUUUUGGCUUUGGGGAGAGAGGGGGGGACAAACGUCAUGAGUGGAUUAUCCUGGUAAAUCCCACGCAGGAAAAUUUGUGUUUUUGAGGAAAAUCUCGUGCGUGGAAGUCACUAACCUUCCGGCGGCUUUUUGUAUCCAGAAACGAUACGCGCUAGCACGAAAAGAAACCGCUAAAGAACAUGGAAGGAUCAGGCGAUGGAUCACCGCAGUCGUCGAUGUGCAUGGUGAAGGCAGCUGAGCUGUUUCCCAAGCCUGUGCUCGAGAAGGAGGAGGAGAAGUUGUCGGUGCGAUUCUCCGAAUUGGCCGGCGAAUCCGUCAAAUAUCUGGGCCAAACGGACGAUGGAGUCCUGGCGCUGUCAAACUACCGAUUGUUCCUGCAGAAAAACUCUACCGGCGCGGAAACGUCCGUCCCGCUGGGGCUGAUUGAGUCCACACAGGUCCGCGACCUGUUUCACCUGAUCGUCAAUUGCAAGGACGCUAGCACCGUAAAAUGCUCAUUUUCCACAUCGGAGCAGUGCGCCGAAUGGCAGCGACGGAUAACUUUGUCGAUUGGCAUCCCCGAGACGCUCGAGGCCCUGUUUGCUUUUCCGUUUCACGCGUGGGCCUCGGAGUCACCGACGCUGAACCAGGACAACGAAUGGUACGGUCGGUUACAGCGGGUAGGCAACUACGACGACGACUUCCGCAAGGAGGUCGAGCGGUUGCAAUUUGAUCUGCAAGGUGCUUGGCGCAUCAGUCAUGCCAACGCCGAGUUCAAGCUAUGUCCGUCGUAUCCAAGGUUGCUGCUGGUUCCGGCAUGUAUACCGGACGACACACUCCAAAAUGUCGCUAGUUUUCGAAGUUCUCGGAGAAUACCUGCGGUGGUUUGGAGACACGAGCGGACCGGAGCGGUGAUAGCUCGCUGCAGUCAGCCGGAGGUCGGAUGGCUUGGCUGGAGAAACUCAAAGGACGAACAACUGUUGAAGGCGUUCUCGGACGCGUGCGCCUUCGAUCGCGGAACACAGGAGAGCAGGACACGACUCAACUCAACGGCGUCCAGCGAAAGCAGUCCUCCCAGUCCGGAGGGCAGCCACGAGGAGGUGGAAAUGGAUGAACCCAAGAAGAUCCUUAUUGUCGACGCACGAUCGUACACUUCGGCCGUGACCAAUCGGGCUCGCGGCGGAGGCUGCGAAUGCCCCGAGUAUUAUCCGAGCGCGGAGAUUCAGUUUAUGAGUCUGGGGAACAUCCACGUGAUCCGGAAGAGUUUCCACGCGCUGCGACAGCUCUGCUCGUCGCAGCCCGACAUCCCAAAUUGGUUGAGUCUGCUGGAACGAACCAUGUGGCUGCAGCACAUGUCCGGCCUGUUGGCCGCCUCGAUGGUCGUAUGUCACGCCAUCGAACGUAACGGGCGGCCCGUGCUGGUGCACUGCUCCGACGGCUGGGACCGCACGCCGCAGAUCGUGGCCACCGCGCAGCUCUGUCUUGAUCCGUACUAUCGAACCAUCGAGGGCUUCCGGGUACUCGUGGAGCGGGAAUGGCUCAGCUUUGGGCACAAAUUCUCCGACCGCUGCGGGCACGGGCCGGGCUCCGACGAAACCAACGAACGGUGUCCGGUAUUCCUGCAGUGGCUGGACUGCGUACACCAAAUUCAUCGGCAGUUUCCCUGCAGCUUUGAGUUUGACAUGGGUUACCUGAUCAAGCUGGCACAACAUUCACACUCGUGUCUGUUCGGCACGUUCCUGUGCAACACGGUGAAGGAGCGACUCGAGAACAGUGUACCUGACCGGACGUUCUCCGUGUGGCCCUUCCUGUCCGGGCCAAUGUACAAGAAUCACCUGUACGUACCGAACCGCGAGCGCGUUCUGUGGCCUGCGCACAGCGUUAGAGAUUUGAGACUGUGGACCGAGGUCUACCUCGGCAGCUGGGGUGGAAACCAAAGCGCGGCCGACUAUCCGGCCAACGGCGACGGAGUGUCCGGGCAGGAACUUGGCGGGUCCAUGACUAAAACCCGCUCUUACGGCGACCUUAUGACCGGGGUGAACGCGGGGGGUCUGACGCGGAGGUCGAGCGAUCCGAACAUGACGGUUGAUUCUAGCAUCCUAGCCGGAACGCUAAAUCUCUCGCAGGAAAACUCGAUCGACUCGAACAUGUCCUCGGACCGCGAGGUAUCGCCCGACCUGGUCGACCACCACACCAGCUCGCUCGCGAUGAUCCAGCACACCACCCAAAAGCUGCAAAGCCUCACUCAGGAGCUCAACCAGUCCGACGAGGAGUUGGAGAACAAUAUCAAAAACACGAAACGGAUCGCCGCUGCAGCGGCCGCAGCCGCCGCAACCCCCGAUAGCGUUUCGUCUAGUCUUUUUAUUAACGGAAAUAGUAAUAGUUACAACUUUCAACCAAUUGUUCCUGAGCAGCCGACGGCUGCGGCGGCCGUUCCUUCCGCUGCCCCGCCCUCACCAUCGCCGACGCCUCCCCCGAGGCACCACCAGCUGGUGAACGAAAUCGACGAAAACACUUCACGAAUUGUCAAAAUCGAGAGCUACCUGGAGGAUGUGGUGGACGGGCGCAUCGGUGCCGCGGCGGGGCCGCCGCGUAUCGCCAAACCGAUCCCGGUCGCGGACACGGGCUUCGGCUCGGCCGACCUGAUGAUGGAGAGUGUAGACUUGAGUGGAAAAUCCCCUUCGCCCCCUUCGCACACCGCGAGCGGGAACCUGUGGCACGGAUCGGUCGAAACCAGCACCGACACGCUGGUCCCGCUGGACCAGUACGCGUCGCCGUCGCACCAUCGCAUCAUCCAGCUCAGCGAGAGCAGCGGCGAUGACGACGGAAGCGGUCCGCUGCACACGCCCAGCUCGGUGGCCGUGGCCACCAUGCCCAACAGCGCGGCGAGCCCGGAUGGGGAGCUGGAGCAGGACGAGGGUCCGGAGGAUAGUAUUAGUUUAGAUCUAGCUAGCAACGGAAGACAUGACCCGAAAGACUUGACCGUACGUAGAGAUGAGGCUGAGAGCAGCGUGUUUGCGACGACUGCUCGGACUAGUGAUAGCAACGGAUGUGAUCUAUUUAGUGAUAGUAAGGAUUAUGAUAGGAACAAUUACAAUCAAGGUAUAACCGGAAACGAAACUAAUCAAAAUGCUACACCAAAAGAGCAAGUCGACAGUCGAAGAUCGAACUCCACCGCAGUCGUUGAAAACGUGGCAGUUGCGAAAAACUCGAACCCGAUGGAGGAAAGCAUCGUCAUUCAGCCGCAGUUUCAACAGUUGGAAAUAAAUGGGAAAUCGUCGGCGGUAGAACCCGCGUCCCUGGCGAAUCUUGCGCAGUACUCGCAGGCGUCUCAGCCACAGCAGUUUUUACAUCACCAUCAUCACAACCAGCAGCCGCAGCAGCAGCAACAGCCGACAGUAUCAACACACUAUCAACCGCAGAACCAACGGCGGAGACGCAACUCAUCCAACUCGAAAAACGAUAUGAGCCCCAACAAGCCUACCAACGGAAGUAUAUCCCCAAGUGCCACCAACUCCCGCUUCUCGACACCGGGUGCCCGUUCACUGCCACUGACCCCGCCGAGCGUGCCCUUCACGUCGGAACGGCCCCCGGUGGCCGCACUGUCCUGCCCGGACGGGCUGGCCCACGCCCUGUCGGAGCAGAACCUGCGGCUGCAGCAGAUCGUCUACGAGCACCGGCUCCGCGAGGAAGCUCUCCAGCGUGAACUGUACGCGACCAGGCUAGCGCUACUGAAGAAGACCUGUCACAACUGCAACCACAACCAGCAGUUCGGUAACGAUGACCCGACCUCCAUGGUCGAUUCGAUUAUCGAGAACGCAUCGAACUGCAGCUGGGAAGCCGUUGACGAUCGCAGCGGCCCAUCCUCGGGGGCGAACUCUUCGCAGCAAAUCACGAGCAGCGUGCUGUGGGUACCGGACCACGCGGUAUCACGGUGCACGACCUGCCAGAUUGAGUUUUGGCUGGGCCGCCGGAAGCACCACUGUCGCUCGUGCGGCCAAAUUUUCUGCGCUGACUGUUCCGAGUACUGGGCCCCGCUGCCCGACGAAAAGUUGUUCCAGCCGGUGCGGCUAUGCAGUCCCUGUUACCAGGGCGUCAGCGGCAGAAUGGCUAAUAGCCACCAACAACCGACACUGAUGAACGGUAGCGUAAGUGUAAAUAAUAGCAUUCACAACCACCACACAACCAAUAGCAAUAGCAUGAACGGAAGUGUCCUAGGAGCUACAAAGCAGCAGCAGCAGCCACAACAACCGCAGCAUCAGCAAACCCUUACCACGUCCUGCAGCGUUAGUGUCAACAAUAGUACUGAGCGGGGAGCUUGCAAAACCACUACCGCUACCAACUAAACGUCGAAACGUCCACCACUAACCCCAAGUGGUGUACAAAUCCUACUAUUGUUUUACUCCUUCUAUUUUAUUAUUUAUAUUCUUUGCAUAAUGGCUCAUUUUAAUUGUUAUUUUAACAGUCAGACUUUUUCAUUUGUAUUUAAACCAUUACUUCACACUUCAAUUUUAAUUUUUGUUAUGUUUUAGUGGUUCAUUUAUGAGCAUUAACGCUUCACGUCAGAACAUAUUACGUUACAACAGAUGCAAUGUACCAUUCACAAUACUUAUAUAAACAUGAGCAAAGCAUAUGAGAGUUAAUUGUACUAGCUUUUUGGAGAAAAAAGAAUAAAAAGAGAUAUUAUAAAUAAUGUUGCAAGUGGUAAAACUAUUGAUAUAACAAAACAGCAAAGCUAAAAAAUAACAGGCAAGUAAAAGUGUCACAUUAAAGCAUACACAAUAGAUCAAAACAUAUUAGAGAGUUAUAAAACAAUUGUAUACAUAAAAUUAGUAAUAUAUAAAUCGAUUGAGUGAAUGCUAAACUCUAAGUGGGA